CUCCUUCUCGUCCUCCUCACCAGCGCCAUCCACUAUUCCCAUCGAGUUUGCCUUUGCCGCUCGAGGCCUCUCCAGCUCCCAUGUCCGAAUACGGAGACGGCACCUUCUGGCGUUCUAUAGCAGAUCGGCUGCAGCAUUGCGGCCCAGAUGACCCUAUUCACAAAUGUUUCCCAGACAGCAUGGGCAAGAGCAUCCUCGAUCAAACUGACGAACUCUUCAGCCUGGCGGACCAAAAGCUCCAUACUUUUCCCUUCAAGGAUGUCCAGCCCUGUUGGUUCCGCCUCUACACUGAUGCCAGUAUCGUUAAAGUGUUGAAAUUGCUUGGCCUCACCUCUCCAGCCCUGGAAGAUUCGAGGCUAUCUGAGUCCCUGAAAAUCCAUCUCGACGAGAUUGUGUCCAUACUAGACAUGUCGUUAAUCAUGGCUGGAGGCCUGGGACGAGAACAGAUGAUUCACAAUAUCUUGGCCAGAUUACAAGCUGCCAGUGUAAGUGAUGAGGAAGACAAGGGACGUCCACGAAAGAGAAGGCGAGUCAACGGUAACUCUGGGUCCGGUGAACUUCCCAACGACCUCCUAUCUGCAGACAGCGUCUCUAUACCUACCAUUGAAUUUCCUGUAAUGCAUAUGGAUCGGCCAAGCCUCACAAAGUUCUCCCAUCACAUUCAUCAGACACGGAAACCUGCGGUCCUGACAAAUACCAUAAAUCAUUGGCCAGCUCUCGAGAAAUGGCAGCGUACUUCCUUUUGGCUCGACGCCACCAUUGGCGGCCGACGCCUCGUCCCGAUCGAAGUUGGGCGGAGCUACACUGACGACGAUUGGAGCCAGAAGAUUGUGCCCUUCAAAGACUUUCUAAGUCUCUACUUAUUGCAGUCGUCGGAUGAUGGAUCUAGCAAAGUUCCUAGCAGUAACAUCCAGACAGGCUAUUUAGCGCAGCACGAUCUUUUCAAACAGAUUCCAGCUCUUCGAAACGACAUUGCAACCCCAGACUAUUGCUACCUGGAUGCUCCGCCCGCUGAACCCAACACGCCAGUGGCCUUGAGCAAGGCAAGAGAGGGAGUGAAGAAGACAAGUCAUCCUAAGACCAUCCCUACAUUCCCCGGGCCGUCCGACAAUGACGAUGUUGAUGAUCUGGGACCUGACAACGACGUCCAGACUAAUAUCUGGUUUGGCCCUGCAUGGACGAUCUCACCACUCCAUCACGAUCCGUACCACAAUAUCCUGUGCCAGGUUGUCGGCAGAAAAUACGUGAGACUCUAUUCGCCACAACACAGCAAAGUAUUACUGCCUAGACGUGAAGACGAGCCUGCUCCUCAUGUAUUCUCUACCGGAAAAGCAGACGGUACGAAUGUUGCUGUAAAUGAUGGAGAGCAGCGCAGUGAAACAAUUGACAUGUCAAACACUUCGCAAGUUGAUAUCGCCGCCAUGGAAUUGUCUCCCCUCGAAGACUGGGACGAGGUUUACCCCGGGAUUAGUCAGGUACCCUACGUCGAGUGUAUUCUCGAGGCUGGCCAGGCGCUCUAUAUACCUAUCGGGUGGUGGCACUAUGUGCGGAGCAGUUCGAUGGGAAUAUCUGUGAGCUUUUGGUGGUGAUCAGCCAAGGAAAGCAAGACCAUUACAUGACACAGUUCCAUCGGACGAUGAUCGGGCUUUACCCAGCUGUCGAUUUG